AUGAUAGCAUGUUCUCCAAGGUUUCAAUUUUUUGCUUCCGAAGUCAGCAAAGGAGCAGCCGGCCCGGGUCCUGUCCUCCUGACAAUAUUGGGACUUGAUAACAGUGAACACACUUCCAAGUUUGCCCUCUCUUUCUUUCUGACCACCCUGAUCAUGAAGAUUGCUGUCACCGGAUGCAACGGGAGCGUAGGGAGACAUGUCGUACUUCGGGUGCUAAAGGAAGGGCACACCGCAGUCGGCGUAGACCAUGUUGCUUCACAAGAUACUGGCUUCUACAACAAUCCUGCCUUCUCUUUCCAUCAAGUGGACCUGAGGGACUUUGAUGCCGCUUUGCAGAUUUUCGAGGGUUGUGAUGCAAUCAUCCAAUUGGCAGCUUUUGCACAACCAAUGGACUACAUGGUCAAAGUACACAACGACAAUGUCGUGAUCACUUGGAAUGUCCUGCGUGCAGCUGCUGAGUUAGCAAUAGAUCGUGUCGCACUGGCGUCCUCGGUCAACGUCUUGCGUGGGGUGUACAGCACUGAGCCCAUCUUUCACUACUUUCCGAUCGACGAGAAUCACCCAUGCGAACCUGACGAACCUUAUGGGCUUUCCAAAUUAAUUGCUGAGACGCAAGCAGAUACCAUCGUCCGAAGAUACACAUCCAUGCGAGUUGCAAGCAUUCGUAUCCAUUGGUUUGUCCCUACGCGGACACGUGCUUAUAGAAAGGAUUACUUCCGGGCCAGAGGUGACCUUUGGGGCUACGUCCAGAUGGACGCGGCUGCAGACGCUUUCCUACGUGCAGUGACUGUGGAGAAGGAUUUUUCAUUGCCGCACCUCAAGCUAGCCGCUGAUGAGGAGUGGCUGGAACUAAAAGGGGAGUACUUCCCAGACGUGCCUAUAAAACCUGGCUGGGUCGAGAGCGGCGCGAAAGGAUUCUACGACUGUAGUAAAGCUGAGCGCCUUCUUGGCUGGGUCCACACGGAUUAUACAUAAGCACGAACUUCGACACAUGAAUGUAUAUGUCAGAUACUGUGUAACUGUCUCAUUCAUGAGUACUGACGGUGUGCGAGAGACGCUCUGUCGUGACUUGGGGAAACACUCUCCCACAUUCAAUCAAACGGCACCGGACGAAUACCUGGACCCUCAAUCCCCUUUCCCGGCUCUCGUUC